CAUACCACUGUAUAUAAAAAAACAACCAGAUUUGUAAUAAUUACAUUGCACAUGUGAUGCUCAGAGGGUAAAUGCACUUGAAGUUUACUGUUUGAUACUAAAGUAGUUACACUGUUUCUGAUUGAUGAAGAUAUAACUAAUCUUCGAAAUCAUGUUUUACUAUUUGUAACAAGUCUAUCCAUACUCCCUGUCAUAUCUCCCGUUUGUCACAUCACAGAGUGAGGCGCCUGUGUCACUACAUUGUGACAUUGCAUUACUUUGAGAUGUCCAUUCUAAUUGUCAUUGCAAUGAGCAGCAUCGCCUUAGCAGCAGAGGAUCCAGUUUGGACCAACGCCCCUCGCAACAAUGUACUGAAAUAUCUGGAUUAUGCCUUCACUGGUGUUUUCACUUUUGAAAUGGUCAUCAAGAUGGUGGAUCUGGGCCUGCUGCUUCACCCUGGAUCCUACUUCAGAGACCUGUGGAACAUUCUGGACUUCAUAGUGGUCAGUGGGGCGCUGGUGGCUUUUGCAUUUUCGUGGCAGCAUGACCUGGUGUUAAGGAAGCUGGCAGAGGUGGCGGAAUCAUGCAGACAGGAGGCCAACAACAAACCUUCCACCUCAGCAAGACAUCCCAUAUGGUUUGCAAAGGGUCGACCUGGAGGGGCAGCUCCAAUUCCCCAGGGAGAUCACAGAAACUUCGCUCCAGCCAGAUUUAAUCAUGUGGUCAGAACCACACAGGACCGUUCUGAUGGUGGAGCUCACCGUCCCAUGCAAGGAAUGCAUGGAGGCUGCCAACGAGCAGAAACAUGCAAAGUAUGCAGACUUAGCAGCAGAAUGCAGAGAGGCCAGCUGGAAAGCCAUCACGUGCCCCGUUGAAGUAGGAUGCAGGGGCUUGUUGGGUCCUCAACUGUACGACUGCUCCGUGACAUGGGAUGCACAAAAGCAGGGUGCAGGAAAGCCAUUAGGGAACUGGCAGAAGAGGCAGAAAAGGGCAGCUUCUGGCUGUGGCUAAGGAAGAAAGAGGGGAGUUGGGGGCCAAAUAAAACGUGACCCAUUCACCUCAACGUAAAUUUACCCGCAAUAGUUAAUUUCAAACACAAUAGACAUAAUUAAAUAAUAAACUGUAACCUUAGCUCAAAAACAGGAGCAACAGAUUAAGUUAGGAAGUAAUGUUAAUAAACCUAAUAGUAAUUAAUUAGCAAGACACACCCUGGGCUCUUCCUAGGCGGAGAGUGUCUAGUGUUAAUGGCUGAAACACUCGAUGAUCCCAAGGUCCAUUAUUGAAGAUGUGUCUUACAAUAAAAUUAUCCGAAACAACCAACUCAUCCUAAAAAGCCACAAUCCGGUAAUACACCCCAUUCCACCCCAGCCCCUUCACCCUGAAGAUAAGUAUAAGGAUGACCCCAAUAAUUCCCCUGCCACAGCCCUAUUACCCACCCCUUGAUCAUACCAAGGAAAAUCACCCUUGAGGUAAGUUGUUACCACUAGUGACACUAUGGCACUAGUGGUGCCCAGGGAGGUGUUCAGAUGAACACACUUGCACAAAGGCACUGGUGGAGGUGACAACUGUGACUACUGUGGAUCCAGUGACUACUGUGAAAGGUCAGCUGGUGUCCAGGGAAGACUGGAGGACAUCCAGGAGAGACUGAAUGACCGCAGAAAAGUCUGCAUUGGGGGUGGCAGGCUAGUUACCUUACCCACCGGUCCCAAGCGGGACACCCCAAACAAACCACAAAGAGAAACAACCCAAUGGCCCUCUGAGAGGCGAGAUGAAAGAAGGAAAAGGAGAAGAGCAACUUCUUUAAAAAACCCUUCAAGCACCCAAGACGGCUUCUAGAGGACAAGAGAAGCUGGAAGCUGGGGAUCACACAUUCAGAGCUGGAGAAUUAUUUCAGAGAGCAUUACAGUGACCCAGCAAGAUCAACUCCACUGGGGUCACCUGGUUAUGUUCCUCGCCUAGCCCCCCCAUCCUUCCCAUUCAAUGCUGCUCUCCCUAAACUCAGUGAGGUCGCGGAAGUUGUCCGGAAAGCGAGAGCAGCCUCAGCCCCAGGCCCCAACGGGACACCUUACAAGCUGUACAAGUGUUGCCCAAGGGUCCGGAGACUUCUGUGGAACCUCAUGAGGGUGGCCUGGAAGAACCAAGUCAUCCCCUCAGAGUGGCAAAGGGCAGUCACAGUUUUUAUCCCGAAGGAGGCGAUAUCCACCACCGUCAGCCAGUUCGGGAGCAUCGCACUCCUGAAUGUUGAAGGGAAGAUCUUUUUCUCCGUAUUGGCCAUGAGGCUGACCAAUUACCUGACUAGCAACAGGUACAUUGACACCAGCUGACAGAAAGCAGGUGUGCAAGGAUUCCUAGGGUGUGUGGAACACUCUGCAGUCAUAUGGGAGCAGAUCCAGAGAGCGAAAAUGGAGAGAGGUGACCUGCAUGUGGUAUGGCUGGACCUUGCCUACGCGUACGGAUCCGUCCCCCACCAACUCAUCGAGUAUGCCCUGGACUUCUUCCAUAUCCCUGGCUCCAUCAGAACCUUGGUAGCCAAGUACUUUGAAGACCUCAAGAUGUGCUGCACCCAUCAGGACUACACUACAGGAUGACAACAGGGGGGCUGGAUGUCAAGGGAAGGCGUCACAGACAGGCCCCUGGCGUGGGCUCAUAUGCGGAAGAUCCCCCAGGCCAGGCUCAGCUUCCUGAUCAGGUCUUCCAACGACACCCUGCCUGUCCCAGAAAUCCCCACUAGUGGUUUGGUUACAUAUAGUUUGCAAAGGACGGAGAGAACAUCAACCUCCCUCGUCAGAGAGUAACAUCAACAGUACUCUCACCAGGCAGUGAGUGGUCGAUGAGGGUCAACCUUGGGAGGCAGCUCCAAUUCCUUAGGGAGAUCACAGAAACUUCGCUCCAGCCAGAUUUAAUCAUGUGGUCAGAACCACACAGGGCCGUUCUGAUGGUGGAGCUCACCGUCCCAUGCGAGGAAGGCAUGGAGGCUGCCAACGAGCAGAAACAUGCGAAGUAUGCAGACUUAGCAGCAGAAUGCAGAGAGGCCAGCUGGAAAACCAUCACGUGCCCCGUUGAAGUAGGACGCAGGGGCUUGUUGGGUCCUCAACUGUACGACUGCUCCGUGACAUGGGAUGCACAAAAGCAGGGUGCAGGAAAGCCAUCAGGGAACUGGCAGAAGAGGCAGAAAAGGGCAGCUUUUGGCUGUGGCUAAGAAAGAAAGAGGGGCGUUGGGGGCCAAAUAAAACAUGACCCAUUCACAUCAACGUAAAUUUACCCGCAAUAGUUAAUUUCAAACACAAUAGACAUAAUUAAAUAAUAAACUGUAACCUUAGUUCAAAAACAGCAGCAACAGAUUAAGUUAGGAAGCAAUGUUAAUAAACCUAAUAGUAAUUAAUUAGCAAGACACACCCUGGGGCCUUUCUAGGUGGAGAGUGUCUAGUGUUAAUGGCUGUAACACUCAAUGACCCCAAGGUCCACUACGGAAGAUGUGUCUUACAAUAAGAUAGUACAAAUUAUCGGAAACAACCAACUAAUCCUAAAAAGCCAUAAUCCAGUAAUGCACCCCAUUCUACCCCAUCCCUUACCCCAGCCCCUUCAACCUGAAAGUAAGUAUAAGGAUGACUCCAUCAAUUCCUCAAUCAUACCAAGGAAAAUCACCCUUGAGGUAAGUUGGCACCACUAGUGACACUCAGGCACUAGUGGUGCCCAGGGAGGUGUUCAGAUGAACACGCUUGCACAAAGGCACUGGUAGAGGUGCGUCAGGCAGCAAUGCCCAGCAGGCAGACCGUCAGCCUGUAUCAUCAUAUGUAAACCAAAAUUUUCCCAAUGAAUAUUUCUCUGAGAAUAGUACACAAAGAAAUGACUUACAUAAUAUAUAUGUAUAUAAUAAAUAAAAAAAUAUAUGUCUGUCCUCAUAAGGAGAAAAGCAAUGUCUCUAUGAAAGAGGAGACUCAUUGUAUACAUAUUUAAGUAUUGUGUAAUUUGGUAAGUUGAUUCUAUUCUCCAUCUUAAAAGAUGGACAUGAACUAAAACAUGAAUAAAAGAUUGGCCAGCAGGUGGCAGAAGAAGCAGCAUUGGAGUUGAACCAGCAGCAUAAUUACUACAUCUAAGCCUACAAUUAGCAUACUUUAUAAGUAAGUAUUUUUUUUUCAAUAACAUACUUUAUAAACUUAUGUUAUUUGGGUAUUUUUUCAGAAUAAAAAACAAUUAACCUUUAAAACUUACUUCACCAUCAUGAUCCUGGACCAAAAUAGUGUUUUCUUUGUAUAUCCAUGCACGGACAGAGAUAAUUCUCUCCCUGUGUAUUUUUUUAGUGUGGCCUAAUUGUAUGCUGGGCUGAUGGUUUUGAGCUUAACUGAUACAAACAGCUGUUAAAAUGAAUCUAUGUUAUAAGAUAUGAUAUAAGGGCAGAUUUCUUGUAGGGAUGAGUGUAACCCGCAGCCUUCACUGACAUGUCUAAAACCCAUUACAUUCUGUCCAUCUGGGACCCCACUGUACUUGACAUUUGUGUGCUUGGCUGAGGGUCCGUCCUCCAUGCCGUACUUCGUCACAGUGGAGCAUGUCACCUGUGUCUUCCUCAUCGUUUUAUUUCUCUAUCUUUCACUGGGAGUUCUCCUCAGCACUAACCCUGACACAGGCCUUAGACAAACCAUCUUUUAUUCCUGUAAUUGAUCAGAAGCUCUGUGCUGUAACCAGCCAGCUGCUGUCAGAGGGCAUGGCUUCAUCUCAGGGGACGUCAAUCUCCUCCAUGGUCUUAGCAGGCAGUGUAUUAUGAUAGACUUUAUGACGUAUGACGUUCACCAUCUAUUUUUAAUGACUGUAGCAUCACAUCAUGUCCAUUUACAUGUGCACUAAAUGGUAUUCAUCAGACUUGGAUCCAUUAUAUCAAGACAUAAUCUGUACUGAACAGCUUUUCUGAAUGAUUUGGAGUCACAAUGUGAUAAAAGUUACAUGAGGGAAAUAACAAAAUAAACCUUAAAGCAAGUGUUUAAAUCAAAUGCAUACUAGUUAGAUAUGAUGUCAAACACCCACACAGUAGUCAAUUCUAAUUAUCUAAUUUUAUAUACAUUUUUAUAUUAUCAAAAUCAUGUUCUAAAUAAGAAUAUCUAAAAUCAUCAUUAAGACGACAGUCAGGAAAAUGUAACUAAUGCUAUGAAUUAUGUAUGAACUAGUAUCAAAUUACAUAAAGUAUAAACAAAGCUUACUCCUCUUGAUAAUGCUAUAUUGAAUUUGAAAUAAUCCUUAGCAGUAUUAAAUAUAAAUAAAACUGUGAUUUUAUCCUAUUCUUUAUCCUACACACACAACUCAACAGAUGAUUGACAUCUGUCAUUUCUGUCAUCACUUGUCAUAAAAUGCUACAGAGGUUGUUUGUCUUUAGAUUUGUCUUGACAACAUCAGACCAAAGCACCUCCAUCAAAAUGAACUCUGAUGAUUCAUUAGUCAUGUCAUCGUAUCAUUCAGGAAAUGAGCGGCACCUAUUGGUGCAUGUGUCAUGCUUGUUGCUGCAAAACUGCACCUGCUAACCUGGAAACUUUGCCUUA